AAAAAAGGUAAACAAACAACAAACUGGUCAUUUAAAUUUCUUUGCAAAGAAAAAGAAAAUUUAGGAAAAACUGACAAAAAAUGGAAAUUAAAACGGAAACGCCGGAAAAAUUGGAUCUAAGCAUUGUGAAGGAAGAAUAUUCCCUUGAUGGAUAUCCUGUUAAGUAUUCCCCGGCAAUAAACUCAAAAUAUUUUGAAAUUGAAGAAAAGUUUUUGGUUGAAACAGCCAAAGAAGAGUAUGAAAAUGAUUGCCAAGAUGCUGAUCUCCUCAAGAAUUCCAUGAAGAACUUGCAGGAUUCGCAAGAAAAAACUUCUCCUGCAAAGCUACAAUCAAAGUCUCCAAAAAAGAACAGAAAGGGCUCAAAAAGGAAGGAACUUCCUGCCAAGGAUGACCCCUCCGAAGAAGAAAAAAGCAACAAAAUCUUCACAAAAGAUCCCCUAAAUAAUCAUGAGAAAAAUUUAAAUAUUAACAAAUGCGAAAUAUGUGAGAAGGAAUUUCCCGAAAAGUCUGAACUGCAGCAACAUAUCCAAACAUUCCAUUUGGAGAUCAAGUCCAAAGGGACGACGAAGCCCAAGAGAAAGAACCUCAAAUGUGAGUCAUGCGGUAAAAUGUUCGGCAUAAAGAAAACACUAGAGCGCCAUCAGGAGCCUUGCAAAUGCCCUACGUGUGGGGAGAUCUCUCCUUGUGUAUCCUUGUCCAGGAAACAUUUAAGGAAACAUCGUCCAAGAAGAUUGUAUCCUUGCCCCAUAUGCGAGAAGAUCUUGUCAAACCGAACAAGCCUGGCCUAUCAUAAAGUUAAACAUCUCAAUAGCAAGGAUGUCAGUGAGGGCAUCCAACUUGCUGGAAAAACCAGAGAAUGUGCAGAGUGUGGGAUGAUAUUCGUGCUGAAGGGUCAUCUCAAGGCACAUCUCCUCCUGAAGCAUUUUAGGGGAUUAAUGCAAAAGCAUCCUUGUGAGAAAUGUGACAAGAUAUUCGAUACAAAGCUUGGCUACAAACUUCAUCAGCAUGUACACACUUCAGAUGAUCCGCCAGUAUCUUGUCUCAUUUGUGGGAAAAGCUUCCGCCGAGAGUGCUACCUCAAACGACACAUACAGAGGAGACAUUUGAAAACGGAAAGAUCUACUUCUCAGAUCUGUAGUAAAUCCUACAAUACGAAAAGUAGUAUCCUGAGGAAGCACAAAGAAAAAAUCCAGAAGCCCAAACCCGCCAAGUCCUCAAAGCCUUUCUGUAAAAGCUGCGAAAAGUGUGGAAAAGUUUUCACAGCUGAAGUGACCUUUAAAUGGCAUGAGAAGCACGUUCACAUUGAAACGAAGGACUUCAAGUGUUCUUUGUGUGGGAAAAUGUUCUCCUGCAAAUCCUAUCUAUCCCACCAUGUGAGGAUUGUGCAUACAAAUUACAAAGCACAUCUCUGCCAAAUCUGCGGGAAGGGCUUUACGUUACCUAGAUCUCUACGGAAUCACGUGGCUGCCAAUCAUAAUCCGGAAAAUGUGAAGAAGGAGGAGAAGAAGGGAGUUCCUACUAAAUUCGAUUGUGCCAUUUGUGGUAAAGAAUUUGCUAAAAAGGGCCAAAUUAAGGCGCAUCUGCUGAAGAAGCAUUUCAGACAACAAGAAAACCACGUGUGCGAAAAAUGUGGAAGGAUUUUUGAUAAUAAAGAAAGCUUCAUGUUUCAUAAAAGGAAUCUUCAUAAUGACAAAAAGGACAAAAUGUGCUCAAUCUGUGGGAACAUGUACUCUUCCAAGGACUACCUCAUGCAGCAUAUACGCCGUACGCAUAAGAACAAAAAAGGAUAUCCUUGCCAAAUCUGCGGGAUGAUCUUCAUGGCAAGGGCUGGUCUACGGAGUCACAGAGCUUCCACGCACAGCUCGAGAAAAAAGCAAAAUACGAAGAAAAAGGAACUUUUGCAAAUUGAGCCGAAGGAGACGCUUCCGGUACUUGUGAGGAAGGAGAAAAGCUUUUUGAAAAAUGAGCAAAAUCAGAAUCUUCCGGAAAAUCAGCAGCAAAAGGAGAUUAUGGGAAAUACGCAGAAGAAACUUCCAAUUAAUUUUGAUUUUCUGGAGUUAUAAGGAAAUUAAGGCUGUUACAAAUGAAUUUUUUAAGAAUGAAAAAUAAAGUUUAAAUAAAGUAAUUUUUCUAAUAAAUUGAAAUUAAUAAA